UUUUUCUUUUUUCCAAGAAAAAAAAUCUAACUACUCAUUUAUAUUAGCUUUCAUUUGUAAUUUUUUUUUUAAUUACAGGGUGAGGAAUUGAUGAAAACCAAAACCCAUGGAGGUAGGAUUCGGCCAUUGCCGACGCCGUCUCGUCGUUCUCCCAGGCUUUCUGUUCGUAGGGCUAGGUCUAGGGCUCUCCCUAUUCUCCUCAAUCAGAAAAAUGGUAAUGAAAAAUCAGAGAGCACAUGCGUAAUUUUUGUCUCUGAUAGCGAGGGUGAUGAUGAUAAUAAUGAGGGUAUGAAUCCCGAAUCGACUCCUCAAACAGUUAAGAACGGUGGUGGUAUGACCCCUCAAAUGACCAGUAGUUGUAGUGAAGAUUCGAUGGAAUUGGAUAGCUUAGAGGAAGGGGAAACUUGUUUUAGAUGUAAAGGUAGAGAUAAACGUGUAAUGGUUUGUAGUGAAAUAGGCUGCUUGAUUGCUGUUCAUGACGAGUGUAUGGGGUUUGAACCUACUUUUGAUGAUUUGGGAUUGUUCUACUGCCCCUAUUGUAAGCACCGGCGUGCAAAAGCGGUGGCUCUUGAGAUGAGUUCAAGAGUUAUGGCAGCAAAGAAAGCAUUGUUGAAUUUUCUUGAAGGGAAAGUAGUUGGUGAAGAUAAAGAGAAGGAGAAGGAUUGUGAUGACGCAGAUGAUAGGAAUGAAGGUGAUACGCUACCUAGUGCUAGGGAUGGUAUUUGCUGCAAUAAUAAGAAUGUUCCUAUUCCAAAUGAUCAUGAAGUCCUGAGUCAGGUUGCGGAUGAAAAGGAAAUGGAUGAUGCACAAGUAGGCUGCCAUGGUCGGGAUACAGUGGUGAUCGCGAAAGAGGUUCAGCCAAGUACAAAUGUAGUCAAUGGUGGUGAUAAUGUAGGUUGUGGAGAAGGGACAGCAGCCGGGAUUGAUCCACUUCAGGGUUCUAGUACCAAAGAAGCAUCAAAUAAAGAUGGAGAAUAUGGAAAAGAGGAGGAUUCAGGACCAAUGGAUAAUGGUAAGAAUGAGAGAAUUGAUGAAGGUAAUGAGGAAAGAGAGAUUUUGGAUACUUCUGAAGUCGUAGAGGAGGAUGAAGAGCAAAUACAGACAGAAUCAUCGGAUGGGCUUGAAAACACUGAUGACAUAUCUGAAACUGAGUCUCUUGUAAACCGUCACAGGCGUUUCAAACAAAGAGCUGGAAAAACAGUACGCUCUGAGACUGUUACUCUACCCAAGAGAUCUUCCCCUCGACUAAGAAAAGCAGUUGCACGACAAAAAAGCACCACAAAGAAAAAUGCUUUGCCUUUUAUUGAGAAAAAUACUAUCUCCGAAAAGUCCCAACAGCCCUUAAAGCUCGUCCCAAUGAUGGAUUUCUCUAAUGCAAAGCGGAGAAGAUUACACUGGACAGCGGAAGAGGAAGAGAUGCUAAGGGAUGGUGUUCACAAAUUUUCAAUAACGAGAAACAUAGUUCUGCCAUGGAAGAAAAUUUUGGAGUAUGGCCGUCAUGUAUUUGAUCCCAGUCGUACUCCAGUUGAUCUCAAGGACAAGUGGAGAAACUUGAUGGCCAAAGAGGGUGCAUCAAUUGACAAAGUUUGAUCGAUAGCUUUGGACCCUAACAGGUUAAGGUCAUCCAGGUUUGGAUUCUAUACUUAAUAUCUUAUCUUUUGUCUGUAAAUCAAAUUCAAACGAGGGAGCCCAUUUUUGUACAUGUUUCUAUACUCCCUUUACCUUUAUUCCAAUCCACUUAAUCUGAAUACUACUUGUGGUACUCUUUAUCAUCUUUGGUUCGUAGAUGAAGGAGAAUUAUGUAAAUAACAAUGUCUGAUCGUUAAUAUGAGAGCAUACAUGAGUUUGACUUA